UUUAUAUAGGUUAGGAAUUUGGGUUUAGUUCGUCCGAUUUUGUUGAUUUGUAUUUUCUAAUUUGUUCGACCGAGUACGGGGUCAAAGUCUAAAAAAGUUGGAUUUACUUUGAACUUCGGCUGCUAUUUUUACUGUAGUUGUUUCAUCGCAACAGCGAAAAAUCGUACCAGAAUGGCUUUUUGUUCAGUUAACAAUAUUUUGAGGAAACAACUUACGUCGGGGCUGAAAUGUAACCAAAGAAGUGCCGUAAGGUCGAUUUCGUUGAGCACCCAGCAGCACCAGAAGAAGAGCUUGGCCCCGAAAAACGGUCAAAACAUUGUCCUAGUAGAUGGGGUACGCACGCCAUUUCUGAUGUCCGGCACCGACUAUGCCAAGCUCAUGCCCUACGAACUAGCCAAGGAGGCCCUCAGCGGUAUCCUAAAGAAGACUGGCGUUCCGAAAGAAGCAAUCGAUUACGUAAUCUACGGAACUGUUAUGCAAGAAGUUAGGACUUCCAACAUUGCCAGAGAAGCUUCCCUGGCUGCCGGCUACAGUGACAAGACUCCUUCGCACACUGUUACGAUGGCGUGCAUAUCUUCCAAUGUUGCCAUGACAACAGCUAUCGGUUUGAUAAACAGCGGUGUCUACGAGACCAUCGUAUGCGGCGGCGUGGAAUUCAUGUCGGACAUUCCCAUAAAGCACAGCAGGAAAAUGAGGAGUUUAAUGUUGAAAGCGAACAAGGCGAAAAACCUCCAACAAAGAUUAGCCCUAUUGGCCACCAUUCGACCGGAUUUCUUCGUGCCCGAUUUGCCCAGCAUCGCCGAAUUUUCCUCCGGCGAAACGAUGGGCCAUUCGGCCGAUAGAUUGGCCGCCGCUUUCGGGGCGAGCAGAAAGGAGCAGGACGACUUCGCCUUGAGAUCACACAAGGCCGCCCAAGAGGCCAGCGAGAAAGGUUAUUUGACCGAUAUAAUGCCGUUCCAAGUGCCCGGCUCCUCGAAGGUGGUCGACAAGGAUAACGGCAUUCGCGUUUCGACGCCGGAAAAAUUGGCUUCGCUUAAACCGGCUUUCGUCAAACCGCACGGAACUAUUACAGCCGCUAACGCUUCGUUCCUCACUGACGGUGCAUCUGCUUGCAUCGUAACGACUGAAGAAAAGUGCAAACAGCUGGGUUUGAAGCCGAAAGCUUACCUGAGGAAUUUCCUGUACGUAUCGCAGGAUCCCAUCGAUCAGUUGCUACUGGGGCCCGCUUACGGAACGCCCAGAAUCCUAGAAAAAGCGGGGCUCACGCCGAAGGAUAUAGACGUUUGGGAAUUCCACGAGGCGUUUGCGGGACAAAUCUUGGCCAAUUUGAAGGCGUUGGAUAGCGAUUGGUUCGCUCAAAAAUACAUGAACAGGCAAUCGAAGGUCGGGGCUCCCGAUAUUGGUAAAUUUAACAACUGGGGCGGUUCGUUGUCCAUCGGUCAUCCGUUCGCCGCCACCGGCGUGAGACUAGCUAUGCAUACAGCCAAUCGAUUGGUUAGAGAGGACGGGCAAUUCGGGCUGGUGGCUGCUUGUGCUGCUGGAGGCCAAGGAGUGGCCAUGAUAUUGGAGAGACACCCGGACGCUAAUCCCCAAUGAGAUUUUCAAUUAAAAUCGCGCGAGUUAGGUUAUAAGGCAAAAAUAUUUUUGUACAGUCAACAUUUAUAUUAUUUUUUAGUUUUAUCAUUUAAAGAAUGCGUUUUUUUCGCUAUAGUAAAACGCAUUUUUUAAACAUUCUUAUUUACUUUAAAAAUAUAUACAAUUAAUAUUGGA